AUGCCAGGGGCGCCAAUUUCGCCGAUGAUGGAGGCAGUGUGGGCGCACAAGCGGCAACAACUUGAGAAGGCAAAGCAGAAAUCCGAUGAACGCCUCGAGACCGAGUCCUGGAUGGUUCGGCUCAAGCGGAGGCGAAGUGAGAUAGAGCGGGAUGCCAUUGAGGAUUUCGCAGCCGAAACUGGGUUCAGGCCAGACACCGACACAGCCCCCGGUGGCGCAGGUACCGUGUACGGCUGGAACCCAGCCACCGCCGGGUGGCUCGCCGCGCCUUCAACCCCUGGCUACUACAACCAGGCGAAGCCGGGGGGCGUUCGCUAUACCAUCCGCAGCAGCGUCAUCGCAGGGUCCCCUGACGCAGGUGAACACGCUGGGGGCUGCGCUGGCUUCGAUGUCGGCGUCGAUCCAGCGAGGCAUGGGUUCCUGAACAAGGACUCAAAGCUGGUGGACCAAGCAGCCCGCCUCUUCGCGCAGAACCUUGCUGGAACCUCUCAGUACGAAGGCGUCCUGAAGAACAAGAAGCCGGCGGCGAGCACGACCUGGCGACCGCAAAGCAGCGCUCGGGCAGCCUUGUCGCGCCAUCACAGGUGCCCCAGCCCCUUUGCGGGCAAACUCAAGUUGGGCCGGAGCCUGGACAGGAGUUCUGGUUGCCUCCGGCUACCCUUGUCGAGAGGUACAACUACCUUGCGAGAACGGAGUGUGUGUGACACUGGCCGAAUCGUCACCGUCAUGCACUGCACCAUGUUGUGA